AUGGAAUUUCAGUUUGUUAAUGCUCUUUUUGGGAGGGUCAACUUAGAGAGGAGUGUAGAGUCUUCAACAGGGAAGAAGGUGAGAAUCUGCAGAAGACAUGAAGGAAGAAGCAGUCGUCAAGUUUCGGACACCGGUGUGGUGCCUGCCAAAGGCUCUCCAAUGCUUAAGUCAGCUAUAUGUGAUAAUUUUGGCAGAGUAACAAUAAAGGGAAGUGGAAGUGAGAGGUUUGCACAAAGUUUCGAUGUGGGACUUUGUGCAAGUUGUUGUGAUGGCGACACGUGUUCUUGCAAAUUAGGUUCAGCAGUGGGGAGCUUUGGCUGUCGAAAACUUCGGCAGUCAGGAGCUUUGGCAGGUGCCUACCGCUUCGGAAGAGUGUCUUCUUUCGGUAGGGAAGCAAGCGUGUCUGUCUUGGUGCUAGUCGUUUUGAUGCUGGAUAUGCUCGGUUGA